CUCUCGGCGAGGACGCUCUUCGGUUUGGAUUCUUAGGGUUUUUGUUCACAGCAGAGGUUUGAGAUCGCUUUGGCGUUGUGCUGCGGAUUUCGUUGGUAACUUCGCAAUGAGUAGUAGACUUCUAGGUUUGUCAGGCAUUAGAAGCCUGGAUCAGUUUAAAUCUUUGUCUGGAUCUAGUUCCAGAGCUGCGAACAAGAAGAUUAUGCCAAAUGCUUCGCUUGGAACUCCAGAGUCGGUUUCUUCGGGCAGUUUUGCCAAUCUGAAGCUCACAGCAGAAAAAUUGGUCAGAGAGCAGGCUUCUGCGAGAACUGACCUUGAAUUGGCGAAUUCUAAGCUCAAGAAACUGACGGAGCAAAUAUAUGUACUGGAAGAGAAAUUGCAAAUCGCAUACAAUGAAAAUGCGAAGCUUAAAGUUAUGCAGAAAGAAGAUGAGAAGCUAUGGAAUGGACUUGAAUCAAAGUUCUCAUCAACAAAGAUACUGUGUGAUCAGCUCGUCGAAACCUUGCAGCAGCUGAAUGGUCAAGUUCAGCAAGCUGAGAAAGAUAAGGCAUACUUUGAAGAUAAACUGUCAACGACUUCAGUUACUCUCAGUGAUUUGCAUGAGAAUAUGAAGUCUAUGUGCUCAAAGUUGGACUCUUCUGAACAGACAAUUAGAGAUCGCGAGAAGGAACUACUGGAACUUGGCUUUGAAAAGGGAAACCUAGAGACAGCCUUAGGAAAUGUACAGAACAGAGUUGCUUGUCUGAUAGAAGAGAAAGACAGUGUGCUGAAAAAGUUGGAGAAAGAUGGAGCAGCACACAGAACUGCUUUAGAAAAUCUGACUACCAACAUGGAAAAAUUGCAACUUGAACUGAGAGUAAAAGAAGAUGACGUGCUUGAACUGAGUUUCUCCAAGGAAAAAUUGGAGAGAGAAAACAAGGACCUGUUAUCUAGCAGAGAUGAUUUUUCUGACAGAUUGCAACUUGCACUCCUGGAGGUCAAGAAUCUAGAAGAAUAUGUGACUAUGCUAGUUGAGAAGUUCAAAGAACUGGAGAGGAAAAGCCUGGAAUUUUCAGAAAAUUUCAUUCAGUUAAAUGCUUUAUCUGAUUCAUGCUUGAAGUUGGCUCAGCUGGAGAAAGACCUUGUCUCUAAGUGUGCUCAAAGAAAGUUUGAUCAGAUAAAUGACCAGUGUGCUAGUGCUGUAUCUGAGAAAAAUGCUUUGCAAUUAGAUAAUCAUGAACUGAAAAAUAAAAUUCUUGAGCUUCAGAAAGAGCAGGAAUUUUCAAUGGUACAGCACGCUGAAGAAUGCCGCUUAGCAGAAGAGAAAAUUCGGAAAUUGGAGUCUGAAGCAGAAACUCUUGUUUCGAAGCAGAGUGAGAUGCAUGCUUCGAUACUUAAAUUGGAGGAUAACCUUAGGGUUUCUUCAGAGAACUCUAGAAUAUCAGAAGAAAAAGUGCAAGAUUUAUCAAUGAAACUUUCCGAGUUAGAAUUAAGCAGCAAAGGUCUUAUAGAUGGACUAAACACAGAAAUCCUGAAGAAGCAAGAAGAAAGUGAUGUUUUGCAGAAGGAGGUUGAGAAGCAAGAAGAAAAUACACAUUUACUUGAGGAAAGAGUGAAAGAGCUUGAGAACACGGUACAGGAAAAGGAGCAGCUUCUUUUGGAACUCAAGAAAAGAGAGGAACAGAUUGGUAACCAGAAAGCAGAGGUUAUGGCUUCCCUGGCUGACACAGAAAGUAAGCUUCAGGAGGCCAAAAAGGAAUAUAAUCAUAUGUUAGAAAGCAAACAUUUAGAACUAUCAAAACAUUUGAAAGAAAUCUCUCAAAGAAAUGAUCAGGCUAUUAAUGAUAUACGGAUGAAGUAUGAGGUGGAGAAGCAGGAGACUGUUAAUCUUGAGAAAGAAAAGGCAGAUAAAAUAAUCCAAGAUGUGGAAAAAAGAUGUGAGCAAAAAGUUGAGGAAAUCAAAGAAGAAUCUCGGCAACGUUUGCUGCAGGUGCAGGAAGAACAUGCUGCAGCAGUCAGCAACAUUCACAAGGAACAUGCUAAACGAGAAACGAUCCUCACAUCUAAGCAUACUGAAGAACUAAGGCGCACUGAACUUCAUGCCGAAGCUGAAUUAAGAGAGAAAACAAAAAUGCUUAGGUCUGAGCAUGAGGCUCAGUUAAGAGCUUUGAGAUGCGAGCAUGAAGAUGAGUGCAAAAGACUGGAGGAGGAGUUGGAUAUUCAAAAGGAGAAGGAAGAGAGGCAGAGAACUUUAUUGCAGUUGCAGUGGAAAGUAAUGGGUGACAAUCCACAAGAGGACCAAGAAGUGACUUCUAAAAAGAACUACUCCAUAACUUCUAAGAUGAGAAACAAAGAAAGCAACAAAAGAAUUCAGCAGUCUCUUGAUAGAGCAGAAGUUGAUGAAAAGGCAAUCCAAACUCCCGUUUCAAACAUGUUGAAAAAGGCCGAGAAUGUGAAUAAUCUGCCUAAACAUAGUAAGAAGGUGACUCACCAUGAAUAUGAAAUCGAAACAUCAAAUGGUAGAACAAUUACAAAGCGAAGAAAGACUAAAAGUACAGUCAUGUUUGGGCAGGAUACAAGGAAGCAAAGGAAGAAAGACACACCAACGGCAAAGACUCCCAAAAAUGUUAUCCAGAGAGGCAAAGAAGGAAUCCCUCCAAAACCUUCCAACAUAGGCGAUUUGUUCACUGAAGGAUCUUUGAAUCCUUACGUAGACGACCCCUACGCAUUUGAUUAAAGUUUCUCUUCUCACAGCCUGAUCUGGAAGUAAUUUCUACUGCAAAUGAACACGAAUAUCAGCUGCACUGCACACAGUCAUGCAUGAAACUAAAACUCAAACAGACUCACUAUCCCAAACAUUAAUCAUGUACAUAAAAUUUUACUGUAUGAUUCUGUCUCAUUAAGUGCCAUAAAUUCUUCUUGACCUCAUUCGUGCCAGCAUUUCAGUCGUCUGUUUGUUGCACGCGUGGUGUGUUUAUAUAACUGUAGUUGCACGACUAACAUAAAACCUUUUAUGUUGAAAUCAAUUGUGCAUUCUGUUCGUCGCCUCCUCUGUCUUUUGUGCAUGCUUUAGUAAUAUGGACCUUUUGGGUAGAUAUAUAUUCAUG